AAGGUUGUCCCAAACGUCACGCCGUCUCCGGGCGUUUCUAAGGAAGGACGCGGCCCUUAGCGACAAAGUCGCGACGCCGCGCCAUGGCGGCUGCACCCAGCCCCACCGUCUUCCUCCUCAUGGUCAACGGGCAGAUCGAGAGCGCGCAGUUCCCAGACUUUGAUGACUUAUAUUGCAAGUACUGCUUUGUCUAUGGAUACGACUGGGCCCCAACUUCGGGUUUGGAAGAAGGGAUCUCUCAAAUCACCUCAAAGAACCGAGACGGACCUCAAGACCUUGUGUGGAAUUUCCCCAUCGAGAUCACCUUCAAAAGCACCAACCCCUUUGGCUGGCCACAGAUAGUUAUAAGUGUAUACGGCCCCGAUAUUUUUGGGAACGAUGUGGUUCGGGGAUAUGGAGCUGUCCACAUUCCUUUUACUCCAGGAAAGCACAAGAGAACUAUCCCGAUGUUCGUUCCGGAAUCAACGUCCAAGCUACAGAAGUUCACAAGCUGGUUGACAGGAAGGCGUCCGGAGUUCACCGAUCCCAAGGUGGUUGCGCAAGGAGAGGGCCGUGAAGUGACCCGGGUUCGUUCGCAAGGCUUCGUCACCCUCUCCUUCAACGUAGUGACCAAGGACAUGAAGAAGCUGGGCUACGACGUGAGUCCUGGCAUUACACCCAACCCGUCUCUGACGUCGGUCACCGAAGGGGUCCAUAAAUAUUAAGCCAAGGGCGGCUCCAUCCGCAAACCCAGGGACUGCUCCAGAUGCAAACUCAAGGUGGUUAUUUUGGUAAUGGAACCAAUACAAAGGUAGGGUUAGGAUGGAUCCAAAUGUUCUAUUCUAGAGCAGCUACAUCCCAGCAGAGACUACAUACAGGUAUAAUGGUGAGAAGUAAUCUUUCCUCAUGCCACCUUUGCAACUUGAAUCCAACAAAAUGGAAAAUGCCAACUGCAAGAGUGGAAAUCAGCUGGUCCUCCAAAUAUUGAUGGGCUACCACUCCCAGCAGCCCCGGAGAGUGCCAGUCCAUCAAUCUCUGUUUGGGAGCAUGAUGUCAAUACAGGCCCUACAGUCAGAAGGGAGCCCCUUUUAUUCCCUUUUUAACAGUAGACCUCACAGAAUGCCAUGUGACGUGAAGAAAAGUCUCCUUUGGCUUUUUGAAUUGCUCUGAAAAGUAUUUUCACUUUAAAAACUGGUGCUUUCCAGGCCUCUGCUGAAUUAUCCAUUCUCCUUUGAGGUUUGGUCACUUUUUAAAAUCUUUGCUUUUUGUACCAAUUUCUGCAAUAAAGAAGACUUGAGAGAAAAUACUUCCUGA